CUACCAGGUAUCGCCUUCUAUAGUAUGUUCUUCUACAACUGGGGUGACACGGAGCACGUCUUCUCUGAGCCUCAAAGAUGGAAAGCACGACUGCUGGGCGAGCCUGAGCCUCAGUUCAAGAAGGCUGUUCUCACUCGAACUCUUCCACGGCCCGCCUUCACUGGAGCAGAAGACGACGCGAACCGAGCUGCUUUACUUGCUGCGGCCGACGAGCAAGUACGCGCAGAAAUCGAGGCCGCACACAAGGAGGCAUUGGCGGCGAUCGAGGGAACUGAGGCCCCUGCUUCUAAGUAG